GGAAACUUUUACAGCGGGACACUGUCAAAUGACUUGAUGGUAAACACAAAGACCACCUCCAUUUGACUCGACAAGUUCUUCCCGAAGUCUCCGUAAGGAUCCCGGCCCGCAUGCCAAGAUGUUGGGACGUAACUAGCGUUAGCUCGGAACGCCAGAUGGAGGCCAUGAGGCAGCCGGACGCAGUGGGCGACAUCAGCCCGGCUCUAGAGGCCACCGAGGACUUCGCCGCCCCAGGUGUGCCGCCACCUUCCGAGAAGUUGGAGGAGGCCUCGAGCGCCGCGCUGGUCAAGCUGAGCUCCGGCGGCGUGCGGGGGCUACUAACUGGCCGACGGCCCGAGGUGGGCCCGCUCGGGCUGGCUUGGGCCGACAGCCUGAGUGCGGCGGGCCUCAGGCACGGCAACAGGAGCCGGGCGCGAUCUACCAACGACCUGCUGUCGCAAGGCAAGGAUUGUGCCGCGAACGCCACUUCCAACGCCGCCUUCAAGAAGGGACACAACAGGUCUAGGUCUGAUGUCAACUACCGGACGGCUGCCUACACUGACAAUGGGCUCCCUGCCCUGGACACAUUGAAAAACACCAUACUUAACCACCAUGUGCAAGAUGAAAAGGGGAGCAGCAGUAGCAGCAUGGUGUUGAAGCAGGCCGAGAUGGAGUUCCGCGAAGGCCCACGGGGACGCUGGAGCGAGUGCCACGUGGAGCUGACGCCCUGUGAGCUUCGCCUCUACACCUUGGACAGCAGCGCCAACCGCCAGUUGGGCACUGCCUACUCGCUGUCGCACUGCCAAGGCGUGGUGGCGCCCGCGCCCGGCCAGCCCGCAGACCAGCGCACCUUGCAGGCCGUCUUCUUCAACAGCACGCGGGUACAGCUGAGGGCCGCCACCCAGUGGGAGGCCGGCGAGUGGCGACGCCUCGUGUGGGAGAAGGUGCAAGCGACAAGGCCCGCCAGACAGAAGGUGGAGAAGAUGGUCACCUUUCCAGACGCCGCCCCGCUGAGCCGUCCGACCACCCUGCCGCUGUUCAAUCAGCGUUGCCAGGACGUCCUCAAAUCAGGGCUUUUGCACCAACUUCUGGACCAGAACAACUGGUGUGCCUUCACAUUUGUGUUGAGUAGAACCACCCUGCAAGCGUUUCCCACUGAGGGGCGCGCCCCCGUGUCUCGCCCCGUCCGCCAGUACCUGCUGGCCUCCUGCCUGGGCGUCCAGCCGGACCCCGAGGUCCCCGAUCAUGGGGAGCGCUUCCAAGCGGUGUUCGCCGCCGACACUCUACGACUCCGAGCCGAAACCUCCGCCAAGGCCCUGGAGUGGACAGAAGCCCUGAGGGGGGCGGCAGGUGCACGGCGGCCUGCCCAGGAGGAGUGCAGUGCCCCGGUUCUGCAAGGGGUGCCAUUGAGGUCCAGGGAGAGGAAGCAUAGGGAACAGAGAGCUAAGAGGCAGUCGGUUACCACCAGCUUCCUCAGUCUUCUCACCUGUGUCGCGGUGGAGAAAGGACUCACCGCUCAGGGAUUUACUUGUGCAGGCUGUCAGCGUCCAGUGGGCGCCUCCCGAGGCAAAGCCAAAGUGUGCUACUACAGCGGCUGGUAUUACUGCCAAAACUGCCACCAGGACAACACCUUCCUCAUUCCUGCCCGCCUGUUGCACAAUUGGGACACCAGUAAGCACAAGGUGUCCAAGCAGGCGAAGGAGUUCCUGGAGUUUGUGUAUGAGGAGCCCCUGCUGGACGUACAGCAGCUCAACGGGGGUCUGUACGAGCACUGCGAGCCUCUCAGUGCCGUGUUGCGCUUGCGUCAGCAGCUGCAGUCGCUACGCGCCUACCUGUUUAGCUGCCGCGCCACUAUCGCCGAGGACCUGCGGCGAAGAAUUUUCCCUCGAGAGUAUUUGCUGCAGCACAUUCACCUCUACUCCAUAGCUGACCUGCAGCAGGUGAUUGACGGCCAACUAGCGCCCUUCUUGUCCAAAGUUAUCAAGUUUGCCAGCGCGCACGUUCUGGCAUGCUCGUUGUGUCGCCAGAAAGGAUUCAUCUGCGAACUGUGUCACAGUGGACACGUCAUCUACCCCUUCCAGGACGGCGCCACCACCAGGUGCUCAGGCUGCGGCGCCGUUUUCCACUCCGAGUGUCGCCAGAAGUGUCAGCCGUGUCCUCGCUGCGUCCGACGUGAGCUCCACCACGUCCAACGGCCGUCGUCCUUCUGGUCCCCCGACGACGACCCUCACUUGCCCUUCCAGGACACCUGAGACGCGCCUGAAAAACCAGCACCAUCGGCCGGCAGCGCUGAUCCGAGCCCAGGCACUUAAAGUCGCUUCGGGGAGCACAAACGUUGCACAAGGACUUCUUUUUACAGCGUCACAAAAUGGCUACUGGUGUUUGAAUGACGUAAUUGUUAAAAAUAAUCACCGGGUCGUGUUGUGCUGACGAAAAUCGUGACUGCUCGUCCGUCCCCUUACAGCUAUUUUCAAACUAGUGUGGUGCUAAGUGGUGUUACAAAACAUUACUAAGUUUUUACAACAACAGCACACCCUACGUUAAAAUUUAACGGGAUUUUUUUUUUUCCGUAUCAUUACAACGCAACUACCACUAUUUGUAUUUGCUAGUUAGCCGUAAAGUGAAAACAUUAAACGUAGACCAAUAUUGCAACAAACUGUGACACGUAAUGCUAACGAAAAGUUAUCAUUGUGCUAGCGUUUUAGCUCAUUGGCGCUUUUUUCAAUUUUGAAGUUAGUGUUAACUUCAAGACAGAAAAAUGACAACUAGUGUGUGCAAAUGAACAAUCGGUACACUAUUUUAUCACUAGUUGUCGUUUUUUUUGUAGCUUUAAUUAUGUCCUUGAUAUUUUUACACGUUUACAUUACGAGUCGUAUUUCAUGUUACAACGGCUACGUUAAAUAGUCUAACUUGGUUUUCAAAAUUAACAAAGAUGCAAAUCGAUCAAUGUGGACGAUAUUCUCGAUUCAACUACGAUUUAUUGUAGUAUUAACGGUUUUAAAAAAUAUUUGCGGUCAUUUUGUAUUAUCAUCCGUCUUAUUGUGAUUCUUUAGCUUGAGCUUUAAGUUCUUCGGUUCAAUGUAGACGACGUGAUGUUAACGACGACUUAAUGUUACAAAUUUAGAAAAGUAAGAGCGCAACAAUUUAACGUCAUGUUGUCUUAUUUUUCUUUUUGAGCUUUGCGUUCGAUAUGAACAAAAAGUCAUUAAUUUGACAUUGGCGCAAUUUUAGUAGCGCUAUUAGCCGUUAGCAAUUAGCGUCUCCCUGUUCACUAGUGACAUCAUCGACCUUGUCCAAAUGACGUCACGUUACGUCAACAUUUGAGCCAUAAAAAGACAAAUGCGCUUUACUUUUUGUUUGCAUUCAAUUCAGGGAAGAAGUCAGUUGUACUAUGAAGAAAAUAUACAUGUACUUUUAUUUUUUUAUUUCAAAUAAUUUCUGCUGUCCUGUGUGGAGGGAAAGACUUACGAGCCCUGUUUUUGUUCGCCACAUUUUUUGUUUACUUUGCCAGCAAAUUAGUUUUCGGUGUGUUUUCCUGGAUUAUAUUCUAAAAUGAACCACUUUGAAUUUGCACUUUUCACAAGUUUUUUUGUGCUUUUUUUUUGCUGACAGCCAAUAAAAAGUCUUCAAUA